CCGUCCAACAACUCAUGCUUCCCACCCAACCACUGGUCUCCAGGCAUUGUCACUCACCUGCUCUACCGCUCUUCCGUAUAGCCUAGAAGCUACAGCUUAGCCAUGGCGUCCAUGACCAGGGAGACACCUGUUGCCCGUUUCGUUGACGAGGAGGAGGAUGACCUUGUCGGCGAUGAUAGUGGGGACGACGGUGACGAGGUGCUGGAGGUGAGGAGGCGCGUGUCCCGCUUCGCCGUCGGGGGAGACAACGGCGCCGGCGGGGCGGGAGAGUUGAGGAGGCGGGUAUCCCGCUUUGCCGUCGACGGGAGCAGCGGCUCGGGCGGCAGCCGCGGUGUCUUGUCAAGGAGACAGGAGGUCGUCGACGCGGGCGUGCAGGACCGACGCCGCCACGACGGCGGCUGCGAGGGGGCCCGGACCCUGCCGCCGCCGCACGCGUGGCUGGCUGUGGAGGACACGAAGAAGAGCUUCGGGAGCGACAACGAGGAGCAGUGGGCGCGGCUUCUGCAGCGCGGGUCGGCGCAGGCGGAGGCGGCGCAGCCGCGGCGGAGCAGCUUCAGCGUGGUCCGGCGGGAGCGGGCGGCGCGGGAGGCGUGGCUGGACCGCGCGUGGGAGAUGAAGAAGAGCUGGCACGAGCGCAACGGCGGCGCCCCCGACGCCGACACCCCCGUGGUGGUUGUGGUGGGGAAGCAGGCCGGCGGAUCCUCGUCCCCGUGCGCCUCCUCGUCCCCGCACCACCACCACUCGUCCGCCAGCGUCGCGAUGGACAUGGAGGAGGUGCGUGCUUGCAGGGACCUCGGCCUCGAGCUCCCCUCCGACGGCACCGUAGAGAUUCAAUGCUACGGCAUCUCCGCCGGCAGCAGCCCUACCCACAGCCACGCCAGCAGCGGCGCCGACUCGCCCUCCACCGCCGGCAGCUGCUCCAUCUCCAGCCCCAGCGCCGGGGAGGAUCCGGUGGACGUGAAGGCGAGGCUCAAGGUGUGGGCGCAAGCGGUGGCGUUGGCAUCCACCACCCGUCUCGGAUCUUGAGGGCUUCGAUUCCUACGGGCAUGAUGAGCAGGCAGCAAAGUGCAUAAGCUAAGCUAGCUAAUCUACAUGCAUGAAUACAUCGGCCGUGUAAUAUAUAUGAAGCAGCAAAACGGGAGUUUCACUUCAUUUUUAGCCGUAUAGUGUGUAUGGAUGCGAAAUAUGUAACCACUUAUUUCUCCUAACUGGGGUUAGGGGAGUAUUGGAGUAUGUAUCAUGUAUGUGUGUAUCAAUGUUACAAUGUAUGUGUGCAUAUAUCACGACGUGUAUGUAUACACGAGACAAUACCACGUGGAAACCACAUAUUCGGUGGAAUCUUGGAAACCUGAGCGGAGGCUGUUGGAUGCUAUUUGUAUGGACCAGAUUGACUCAUAACUGCUAUGGCAUAUUUGCGGAAAAAAAUGCCCUCAACCAGAGAUGGUAUUCUACGCA